AUGGCAGAAAGGCUGAGAUGCUUGGUCUUUCUCUGUUGCCAUGUCUUCCUCAACGGCCUGAAAACCCGGGUCUCUGAAUCAUGUUCACCAUUGAUCAACAGACAAUCAUAUUCUGCACUGCGGGUCGGAGUCGGAACUCCAAAGCAAGAGUUCGAUCUUGUCGCUGACACAGGCAGCAGUGCGGUCAUCGUGACGCACUGCGAAUGCAUGUCAAACAGUUGCUUUGGGUCCUCUGGAAAUUGCUUCACAGGCACAAACCGGUCCUCCACGUUUGACGUGCCGCGGGACGAUUCCGGAGCUCCACUGGCAGUGACGAUGACAUUUGGCAGUGGGAUGAUCCAUGGAGUUGUCGGCACGGACGUCGUGACCGUUGGCCAGGAAUCUGCUAUGAUGAAUGGCAGUGUGAUUUUCAUGUAUGACCAUGAGCUCGACACUGCCAUAUCUGACUUCGAAGGCAUUUUUGGUCUCGGCCUCCCGUACAAAGAGGCUGACAUAUAUGCUUCAAGCCAGCAGUCUUGGCUGGUCACUGCAUCCAUUCAGCGAUUUUCCAUGUGCUUCUCCAACAUGAAGGAGGAUGGCAUGCUACGCCUCAACUCCCCGGCACAACCAGAAAGACUUGGCAAUCUUGGAAAGUUCCAUUGGGGUGUCGAUUUCCAGGGCCUGUCCGUCGGCGAUGAAACGGCGGAGAUUAUUCUGUGCGGCGAUGGCGAAAAGAAGGACAAAGAGACCGCUUGCGGCCUGAUACCCGACUCGGGGACCACUCUGAUCCUCGCACCGAGCCGCCACCUCUGGACGCUCUAUUCCAAGCUGUGUGACAUGUGGCCGCGCUGCAGCAAGGCCUUCGCUCAAGACAAGACGUCAAAGCCGUCCGAAGAGCAGUCAGAGCCAUCCAUGGGAAGCAGAAUCGGAGACUGGAUCAAGAGCACACUGGAGAAGUGGGGCAUUCCAGAGAUUCACAUCACUAAUCCGUUCGACCUGGACCCAGCCACGCAGCUAAAGUUGGACAAGAAGGAACGGUUCGAAUCCUUGCUCGCAGACUGUGCAUCCUGGUCAAAAGAUGCGGCAGACUUAGACCGUGAAAUGCCGGCCCUUUUUUGGCAUGUGGCUGGAGUGGAGGGCAAGACCCAGACUUUCAGCUUGCCACCGAGUACCUAUGUAGUUGCGACCGGAUUCCACGACCAAAUUAUUUGCAUGCCAUUUUUCGGAGAGUACGACUACGAGACCGUCCAAAACGGGCCCAUCUGGAUCAUGGGCACCCCGCUUUUCUACGAGUACGAAGUCCAUUAUGAUCUGUCCACCGAGCCUCCAAGCCUGUCAUUCUCGAAGACAUCAUGCGGGUCCUGCGGGCAAGACGGUAAAGCCAUACCCGCUGUGGAUCUAUUGAGGAGAAGGAAUCAGCAGCUUCGCCGACAUGAUGCCAAGGUUCGCAUGCCGCAGAUGAACACGAGCCUUCCGUUGUGA